GCAAUUAAUUGUUAAAAAAACGUUGACUGAAGUAUUGCACGGUUGUGUUGUGUUGUGUGUAUUAUUAUUUAACCGGUACUACGUGCAUUAUUAAUUACAUAUACCGGUACCGUCGAAAAAUAUUUCAAAAAGUAACUUUAUUUUUUUUAAAAUUUUAAGUCGCUCUCGGGCUGUAGAAGCAAGAUAUUUUUUUUUAUUUUUAUUUCGUACGAAUGCAAAGAGCUGGGGGAGUGCCAUGCGUAUGCAGCAGUUGCUCAGAUACUUUAUUUCACAAGACUCAAUCAACAAGCGACAGCUAAUUUAUUAAAUUAACAAUAUCAUCGUCAAAUAUUUAAUUGCGCUUUGUAACCGCGGAUUGGAGUGCCCUCGAGCUUUUUUAAACAUCAAACACAAAAAAAACAUUUUUUUAUACAUAGUUGAGUUUCAUGGCGGCCAUUAGAAAGAAAUUAGUAAUUGUGGGCGAUGGUGCCUGCGGUAAAACUUGUCUGCUGAUAGUCUUCAGUAAAGAUCAAUUUCCUGAAGUAUAUGUUCCUACUGUUUUUGAAAAUUAUGUCGCAGAUAUUGAAGUUGAUGGUAAACAGGUGGAAUUGGCACUAUGGGAUACAGCAGGACAAGAAGAUUAUGACAGGCUACGUCCAUUGUCGUAUCCAGAUACAGACGUAAUAUUGAUGUGUUUCUCUAUCGACAGUCCUGAUUCACUAGAGAACAUUCCCGAGAAGUGGACGCCCGAGGUGAAACACUUCUGUCCAAAUGUUCCGAUAAUUCUCGUCGGGAACAAAAAGGAUUUGCGUAAUGACCCAGGCACGAUUAAAGAGCUUGGAAAAAUGAAACAGGAGCCGGUUAAACCUGAAGAAGGACGGACUAUGGCUGAAAAAAUAAAUGCUUUUGCUUACCUCGAGUGUUCCGCUAAGAGUAAGGAAGGUGUCAGAGAGGUAUUUGAAACAGCAACACGAGCCGCGCUACAGGUUAAGAAGAAGAAAAAGGGUAAAUGCAGGUUACUUUGAAGUGUGAUGCAAGAUGGGCCCGUACCCGCCGGGUGAUUAAAAAAAAAACACAAUAAAUAAACAUGAAAAAAAAAAUAAAUGAAAUCUAAUUAACAAAACAACAAGAAAUUAAGGAUACUAGCUGGACCGAAGCUAGUCGUAAUGCCGGAUGCCCCUGCAUAUAAACUAUAACAUACUGAUAUCUUAUCUUUUAAUUACUUUACAUAUUAAAAAUAUUAAAAUAAAUAAAAAAAAAUCUAAAUGAUAAAUGAUAAAUUUAAUACGAUCAACAAUAGAAACAUGUAAACGCAACGUCCAACCGGAUAAUACGAAAGCUAAUCCGAUUACUACUAAUUAAACACAAAAACAGUAACAAAAACUAUAUACAUAAUUAAUUAAUUAUUAUUAAAGAAAGAAAAAACUAUAAAAUAAAAAAAAGAAAAAAAAUAAAAAUGAUUAUUUCAUACAAUUGCACCAAUCGACGAUGGUCCGAGAUUUUUUCGUACAUUAGCGCGCAUGCCCUCGUCUAAUCCACGUGUGUAAUAAUGCCAUGUAUGUAUGUACUGUCUACGUUAAUUCACGUGUGUCUGUCUGCCCUGUAGCGUGAGUGCGCGUAUCUUACGUAUAAUCUUGUGCGUAUAUCGCAUACUUUAUUAUUAUUAAACAUUUAAAAUAUUAACAAAACAAAAUAACAAAAGACUAUUAUAUUUAUAUUAACUAAUUGUAAUUCUCUUUUUAAACGCUGGCGAAAUGUGCUUCAUGUUUUCAUUAUUAUUAU